AUGUCAUCCAGACUAAUUCCAUUAUUGUUAUUGCUAUUCUUUACUUCCCUCAUUGUUACCAUUCAAGCUGAUGAAACCUCUGUCGAACAACAAGUUGUUGUGAGUUAUAUCAAAAUAGACACUCCAACCACUUCACUCGAAAGUGGAUCUCAAUUGACAGGAACAGUCACUGCCUAUGACAGCAAUGGAAACGUUGCACCUCUUUCUGGAUAUUCCAUUUCGAUUGGAGCAGCAAGUUCUGGAGCAACUGUGCAAGGUACUACUCGAUCGACUCUUCAAAACGGUGUCGCCAAUUUCGCCAUUUCCAUCACCACAAGUAUUACUUCAGAUGUCAUGUUACGUGCUGUCUUGGUGUAUGGUAGUUCUUAUUAUUCAUUUACGAAGAAUUUGCGUGUGAAUAAUAGACAAGGAGAGAAUAAGGAUUUUACAGAGUAUUGGGUGGGUCAAUGGAGUGUUCAACCUGGUUGUAAUCCUUCGACUUGUUGUUGUAUGGAUGGACAAGUGACAGCUACUCGUUCUGGCUUGAAUUUAGUUCAGUUAGAGUCUAACGUGAAGGGCAUGUGUGGUGGAUGGCCCCUCACGCCUUCGUUGCCACUCUCGCCGAUCACGAUGCUUCUUUUCUCAUCCAUCCUUCUUCUUCAAUCUUUCCUUCUCUCACACGCUCUGUCCUGUCCAGAACAAUCGUCAUCUCUUCAUCACAUCUUUCAUGAAUCAAACAUUCCUUUAGACAAGGUUGAAAAUUACAUGACUCUAAUAUUGAAUGAUUCAAGUGGACCUUCUUUUAGUUUUGACACUCAUGUGAAUAUAACUAGUUUGAGUUCCGAUGUAGAGUCUUUGAUUCAAAAACGUGGAAUUUCAUUCAUUGCUUCUUAUCUUACUGCGUUUGUGUGGAGAGAUGUCAGCAAUCAAUUCAAUAUUUUCACAACACAAGAUUUGUUGCAAUAUUUAAAAAAGAGUAGUAGCAGCAACGAAUUUAAUCAACUCUCACCUCUCAUGAUUGGAGUAGAAGAAACUGUUUAUCCAAUAUUCAAAAAAGCUCUCGAAUUUUUCAACCUAAAUCUCAACGCAUUACAUGUCAAACAGCAUAUUGUCACUAUGUACCUAUGUAAGCCAAGUCAAAUGUUUCUAGAGAGUGACAUUUUAAUUACAUCUUCGAGUCAAUUCUAUAGAACCAUCAAUUAUUACAAAACUCCAUUAGGAAAUCGAAAACCUACCAAAACUUACAUCUCAAAAAGCGAAACUCAAAUUGAUCCUUGGGAUUUUGUGCCGAUUCGACUCGUUCCAUUGCGUAUUGCAUUUCCUGGUUUCAAAUAUCAUCCCUUAUUUUCAUUUGGAAUUUCAAAUCCCUUUCCAUUUGAUAACAAGUAUUUCGUUCUGAAUGAAAUUGCCUUAGCCAGAUAUUUCCAUUUCGGAAAUGUUUCAAAGGAAGAUCUUCAAUUCAUACAAUACUUGAUUCCAAAUAUUAAUACAGAGAACGUAGUCCAUGAUGCAUCGUUUGAAAUCAUGAUGCAAAACACUCGGGAACGAUUUAAUAUUUCCUUAUAUGAAAAUAAUCUUGCCCAAUAUAAUUUAACGACCCUCACUUCCAUUCUAUUACCUUCCCUCAAUUUAAAACAAUACGAUGCGAGAAUUGCUUUAUUCUUAGGACCCGAUGAGUUUAUAUUUUUCGGUACUGAUUAUUGGUUCGUAGCAGUAGCCUUCAUCUAUUUGGUUUAUUUCUUGUUCUUAUUUUCCAUGAGAGCCUUCCGCUUACCUUCCAUCAAACGACGACUGGUUAUUCCCUAUUUACCUCUCCUAUUCAUUCUCUUUGAAUUGACUCAACUGUUUUUGUGGAUUCCAUGCCAACUCAUUCCCAAAUAUUUGGGCGAAAUUCUCGUCGUGUUUUGUAUAUGUGCCUACAGUUGUUGUAUUUUGAGAUUUUUAUAUUUGAGGAAUUUGUAUCGAUUAAUUUCAUUGAGAUUUAAUCAAACCACUCAAAAGAAGAAAAGGAGCAGUACGAUGAGACGAGAACAACAAGAUGAAAAACACCGUUGGUGGCCCAAUGUUCGAAAAACUCUGUUGUUUCCAAUGACUGGAUUUGUGAUGAGCUUUUGCAUUAUUGGCGUCGUUUCGCUUGUUCUUUCCGUCGUCUUGACCAUUCAUUGUCUCGUUUCCUAUUUUUAUGUGAAUUAUUCCAUGUUUGUUGUGAUGAUUAAUGUGACCUUUUCAGUAUUCAUUUUAAUUGCUACUUUUUUAGGAGUUUUCAUUGUGGCAUUGGACGCUAUUCGAAAUCGUUCCAUUUUGAGAGAAAAGGGAAUUCGAAGAUUUUUAUUUUUCGACGAUCCUCUCAUGGUUCGAAUUGAUUUAAUUUUUCUUUCCUUGAUUUUCAUUUUGGUCAUUAUUGUCAUUAUUGUCAAUAGUGUGGGUGGAUUUAAUUCGAAUAUUAUUUACAUGUUGAGAUUUUUAUUGCAUUGCAUUGUCAUGUUAAUUAGUGGAGGAAAUGUGUUGGUGAUUGAACUGUUCACAAAAUGUCGAAGAUUUGUUCGAAAUCGAUGGAAUAAUUCCUCAUCUCAAGGCAAUGAACCUUCUCAAGAACCUCUUCAAUCCGAAUUAGAAACAUUACUAUUGACCAAUCGAGAAUUUAAAGAAUUAUUUGAGGAAUACGCCACCAAAGAAAUGAGUUUGGAAAAUUUGUUGUGUUUUCAAAAGAUUCAUCUCGUGUUGGAAAAGAAAGGUCCCAAUCAUGUGUUGAGUGUGGAAUGGAUGAAACAAUUGGAUCAUGAUUUUAUCAAGAGCACUGGAACGUAUGAAUUGAAUCUUUCAUCUGAAACGAAAAAAGCGUUUUAUCAAUUAAUGGAUCGAGUCGUGACAUUGUCUCAACAAGAAAAUUCAACAGAACCACAGACACAGAAUAUUGCAUUGGAGAAUGUAGUGCAUGUUCCAAAUGGUGACACAAGAGUAGAACUUGGACAUGAGAAUUUAAGGGAAAGUGAUGUUUCCUCAAUGCCAACCAUCACCGAUUUGAAAAAUGUGUUAAUGCAGGACGUGAUGACCAAUUUAACAGACACUCGUUAUAGGCUUAUGGAAACGAGAGAAUAUGAAGAGUGGUGGAAGGUGUAUCGAAUUCAGAAAGCAAGUGCCAUCUUGUAG